AUGGAGGCGCCUUCCGAUAUGUCUAUUGUCGAAUGGGAAAAAUUAUCCUUAAGCGACAGAGAAGGAUACCUCCGCAUGAGAGAUAUGCUUACAUCUCCAGCAUGCAAGAAUCGCCGUAACAAGAGUGCAGAAACGUUUGUCGAUGUUGUCGAAACAAUCAAGGCAUUCGUAAUGCGUGGCGAUUCCGGAGACCUCCAAAGAGGUAUUGUAUGCGGAAUGUAUUGGGUUGGUGAAGAUCUUGCAAUCAACACUCGUCAACUCAGAAUUUUACUCCAAAAGUGCAAGUCUUCCAUCAAUGGUUCACUUCAAAUGAUUGGAUAUGCAUCACCUGUUGCUUCAACAGACACAUCAUCCGUUUUAAUUAAUCUUUUCCCAUUUUGGAAAGAUAAUUUCAAAGAAUUGCGCCAAUGGACAAUUAGAAGGAAAGCUCAGACACCACAUACUCAUGUCCUUCCAAAGAAUUUCGUUCCAAGGGUUCUCAUUAACCCAACAAUGGAAAAAUUAAUCCAAAAUUCUGCCGCACCUGAUUUUCCAACCCCACCACCAGAUGCAAAAAACGAGCAAGAAUCCAACCACGUAAUUGAAAUUUCAGUUGCGGAUCCGGUCAAUCUCGAACCACCAACAUUCCAAGAAUUUGAUAUUAAAGACCAUAUGGAUUUAGAUACCGGUAUCAAAUUUGAAGAUGAUUCCUUCGGGAUGUGGAACAAUUUUGAUAUUGAUUUUGAUUUAUAA